CUCUCUGUAACUUCAAUUCUAAGUAUAAUUUAGUUCUUCCUCUUUAAAUCAUCAAAACUUAUUCUUCAUUUUUUUCUCUCUUAUUAGUAAACAUAUUAUCAAACCCACCUUCCUCAUUCCUUUCCAUUCCGCUAUCCGUUUACACACUCUUGCAAAAUGGGACGCCAUUCGUGUUGUGUCAAGCAAAAGUUAAGGAAAGGUUUAUGGUCACCUGAAGAAGAUGAGAAACUCUACAAUUACAUUACAAGAUUUGGUGUUGGUUGCUGGAGUUCAGUUCCUAAGCUAGCUGGUUUGCAAAGGUGUGGAAAGAGCUGCAGAUUGAGAUGGAUAAACUAUUUGAGACCAGACCUCAAAAGAGGAAUGUUCUCUCAGCAAGAGGAGAAUCUCAUAAUCAGUCUUCAUGAAGUUCUAGGAAACAGGUGGGCUCAAAUUGCUGCACAGUUGCCAGGAAGAACAGACAAUGAGAUAAAGAACUUCUGGAAUUCAUGUUUGAAGAAGAAGCUGAUGAAGCAAGGCAUUGACCCCACCACCCACAAGCCCAUAAGCGAUGCUGAAGUGAAAGAGGAAAAGAAUAGCAAUAGUGAUAAGGCAUAUAAUUUGCAAAUGGCGCCACAGUCUAAAGGGGUACCAACUGUUUCACCAUUCACCGCUCAGGAGCCAACGUUUCUCGUUAAUGAUUCACCUUAUUACACUGCUGGAUUAACCGACAAUACAAAAGAGCAAUUCAUGAACAAGCAAAUCUAUGAUCCUUUUUCUGGCUUCGAGUUUCAAGCAACUGCCACCGCCGAUCAAACCGGAUAUAAUUCCAAUCUUGUAUCACAAUAUCACAACGGGCAGUUUGAGACAAAUAAUUCUAAUUUUGCAUUCUCUUCGAUGCCCAGUUUAACUAGUUUUGAUCAUGGUAACAUGUCGGGGGCUGACUUUUCUGAUAAUUCAGCUUCAAGAGUAAGUUCUUUCUUCUUGAAUGAAGCAAAGGAAAGUUCUAGUAACAGUUCAAACAUGAGCAAUUACACUGGAUUUCAGGUGAAUAACAUGUUGGAAAAUGCAGCAGCUUUCUCGUGGGAUGCUGAGAAUAAGUUAAACUCUAUGUUUCAGUUUCAUGUUAAUGGUAUCAAAUCUGAAGAAAUGACACCAAGUUCCUGGCAUGAAGCCCAGCUUCAUACUCAGAAUUCAGUAGAUUUCAGUAGCUAUCCUUUAACGUCACUAUCAGAAGAUCUAACAGGCGCAAAUUUUGAUGUCUUCCACCAGUUAUGAACUGUAAAUUCAUAUUUUUUUUUUCAUUUUACCUUUCUUUUCUCUCUGUUGUUCUAGCUAAACAUACACACAGAUGUUGAUAGUACAGGAAUUUCUACUGAAAGGUUUGAGAUAUGAAGAUUUUUUCUUUCUCCUC